CUAUUUAAAAGAAAGAUAGAAUAGUUGAUUUGGGAUUUAAAAAUUGACAAGCUUUCUUUUAUACAAAAACAUAAGCCAAAUGUAUACUCCACACCAUCUAGCCGUAGCGACGAUUUCUUGGGUUUGUUUAUGUUGAUUAAUGCACGGAUGCAUUGUCAGGGCUAUGGAGAAAACUCUUCACGCCUUCCAAAUCAGAUUCUCUCUUUACAACACAAUAACCUGCGCCUUCCAGUUGGGAUUUCCAACGGAUUAUGGCACAAAAUUAUUCAGAACAUAAAAGGGAAGGAAAAGGAAAGGAGAAAAGUGAAAGCAGAGUACACCAGCGUGCUAAGUGGAGGACAGCCGCCAAACGAAACUCCAAAGAAAUCAAAGAUGGACAUAAAAUCCAAAGUCGAUCAGAUUGUUCGAUAUCUCUUUGUGAUGAGCAUACAAAUUAUUCUGCAAUCCAGGAUACCUGUGAGAGGACAAUCAGCAGCAGAGUCUACAGCGUCACCCUCCUCUUCUUCUCCCAAGGAGAUAGAAGAAUUCCCUUUUAAUCUAGCAUUGAAGAAAUUUCCUACAGAUGUGGCUGCUCUAGAGGCUUGCAAGAAAAAUGGGUUUAGAUCAGUUGUUUUGGAUGUUCUCCCUAUACAGUCUCCGCAACAACAAACUGAAGUAAGCUUUAGGCAUGGUAAGCUACAAAAAUUCUUGAAGACGGUUAUGUCACAACAACCAGACCGUAGGAGUGUUCUUGAAAGAUGGGUUUUGCAGUAUGUGAAACAUGAAGAUGGGCAAAAUGCAGAAAAGCAAACAUAUAGCAUGGAGAGGAUGAUUGCUAGAGUGUACAAAAGUACAAUGGUAUUGAUGCGUUCUUUAAUUUCCAUGACAAGGCUUUUGCCAGCAUAUCGAGCCUUUCAACUUGCUAAUACCUCAUCCUAUGGCAAGUUCUUUGGUCUCUGGUAUCAGUUUUUGCAAUUACCCCAACCCCUAUUGCAUGGGGAGGGAACCCAUAUGAAUUCCUAUAAAUUUCCAUCAAUCAAUGUUCCCUUUGGAAAAAUAUGCUUAUCAGUAGACUACCGUUCCCUUGUGGCUUCUGAUUUCAAUUUUCCAUCAGCACCGAGGCUACCAAAAAUUGUGCCAGAUUAUUAUAGGGGUGGCUCAACCACUGAUCCAGUGAAAAUAUUAUCAGAUGAUUGUUACAGUAAAAAUAUGAUGCUGAAUUUUGGUGGUUCUCUUCCUUUAACUGGAAGUGCGUUGUCUGCCCCUCCUUCUGACAGCUACAGGAAUGAAGAUUCAAACUACUGCAAAUUUGCAACUACAAGUCUGAGGCAUUCAUACAUACAAAGAGCUUUACAAACAAUCCCUCUGUCUCGCAGCAGGUCAUGUAGGUGCAUGGCGUUCUCACCGCUGAAACAGCUUCACUGUGAUGUACUGUGUACCAAGCAAACAGAAAGGGUACCAAGAACAUUCCCAGUAGAUAAGUCUGCACUCAUGUUUUCUGGAGCUUAUGAUUAUUGCAGGGAAGUGGAAGUUGCUGCAUCUCUUCCUUUUGCAGUUGACAAUGACAGCAGUGUGAAUUCAUUGAGCAGAGAAAACAUCAGGUUGGAUAUUACAUAUACAAAAAUGUGCAAUUUUGGAGAUGAUUGCUGCCUGUGGCCACUAUUUUAUAAGGAAUGUGUUGGUAGAAAGGAGGACUGUGCUCUUUGUGAUGACCUUGUGUUUGACAGUGCAUAAAUCAAGCUGGUUUGGCUUUUGAUAUCCUCAUGGUUACUAUGGUGCUGCUAUCAUGAAGGGGUGCUAUUUUUGUUAGCAAGAGAGGUUAUAUAGAGAUCUUGUGGCACCCCCACAAAAAUAAACCAUGUUUGAAUCUGAUGAGAACCCAUGCCCUUUGAAAGCAAUGCCCGCCAUUCUUGUCUUAUCUUGUUGCACACACAAGCUUUACAAUCUACCAGUUUCUUUUAAAUGAAAGUUGAUGAAUUGUCGCUUAAUUACCCAGGAUGCACAUCAAUACUGUUAAAAAUACGUAUCUCCUAUUAUGGGUCAUUGAUAAUGGAAUUUUUUAUCCUUCCCAGCAUACACAAAUUGUACAUUGAAGAUUGUGACUGAGUGAACAAGGUGAUCAUAAGCAAACAAAAGAUAACUAUCUAGUUGUGAACAGUUGAUGAAAUUGUAUUAUAACACAAAGCCUCAUGCUUACUGAUGUUGGGAUGAUUGAUUAUUUUGAUACCCGGAGGAUAACAGCAUAUAAUAACUUUGGCUUAAUAAAUUCUGAAAGUUCUAACUUCACGUUGUGUUGGUGGACUCCAUCUCAACUUGAGCUCAUCAAGAGCAAUUACAUGAAGUCAAUUUAAAUACCUUGUGUUAGGGUUUUUUUAAUGUUAGGGGUUAGUUAAUAAUAACUUGGUAGCUAUAUGUUAGGUAUAAGGUAGUUUCUCACACAUAACUGCCUACUCUUUAAUGAAUAGAGCAAUUUACUCUCAUUGUUAACAUCUUUUAACCAUCAAAUGCUAGAGUAAUGGUAUGAAGCUUAUUUUUUGUAAUCAAGGCUAUUUUGCAGAUGAAUGAAAAUGAAGAUGAUUGCCACAAAGAUUUCUAUGCCAUUUAGUGUACAUAAUUUGUGAUUCCAUUUCACAAUUUUUUUACAUCGUUUCUGGAAAGUUGUGUUGGUUGUUGCAUUGUCGUGGUCAGUUAGUAAGAUUCUAUUCAGUUAGCUAUCCAUAUUAUUCUGGUUUCACUAUUUUGGGUAAAUAUCUUUCUCGAGUCUCACAAAAUCUGCCUUGGGGAAGGAGCUCCAUCUCCUUGGAGGGUGCCUUUUCAUUUAAUAUUCCAUGUUCUUCAAAUGUUUUAUGUGGAAUUGUUCCUCAUAAAUCUUUUGGAUUUGGCUGUAGAUAUGUGCACAAAUUUAUAAACAUCAUCCUUGCAUUUUUCACAGGCAGGUAGAAUGGAAUCCUUCCCUACACAUACAUGUGUGCCUACAGUCCAGAACACUACCCCUAACAACUUUGCCCAUAACAAAAAUUUGGGAUAACGUUAAUUGCAUUUCUUUUUCCAUUAAACGAAGGCAGUCUGAACGAUGGAAAGUUGAGGUAUUACAGAUUUACUUUGUUUCAUUGGCAAUUUAAAUUUUGUUCUUUCAAACUUCCUCAAAAUAGCAACAUGUAUUAGAACAUGAUAUUUCUCUCAUCCCAAGUCAAGAAGCAAUUUGAGGGUAUUGAAACUUUUACUGAACUGAAAUUAAGUAAUUAAUAUAAAUGAACAAAUAUUAACACAUGAUAUUUGAGGCCCAAGUAAUUAAUAUAAAUGAACAAAUAUUAACACAUGAUAUUUGAGGCCCGUGUUUUGCAAAUCUGUAUAAAAAGAACAUUUGCAGAAAUUUGCCCCCAACAAAAUUUUGGGAUAACAUUAAUUGCAUUUCUUUUGCCAUUAAAUGAAGGCAGUGUAAACGAUGGAAAGUUGAGGUAGUAAAGAUUUACUUUGUUUCAUUGGCAAUCUAAGUUUGUUUUUUCAAACUUUCUCAAAAUAAUGACAUAUAUUAGAACAUGAUAUUUCUGUCAUCCCAAGUCACGAAGCAAUUUGAGGGUAUUGCAUCUUUUACUGGACCGAAAUUAAGCAAACAUGAUAAUUGAGGCCUGUGUUUUCUAAAUCUGUUUAAAAAGAACAUUUGUAGGUUAUCUUUUAUUUCAAGCACAAAACAUCUAAUUUCUGCAUUCACUGUAUAACUUGAUUUCCAGGUCGUGUAAUCUUAUGAAUCACAUUCAUUUAUGAGAUGAUUUGAAAUUUCUCAUCGCUUUGAAAAAUAUAAGAUAUGACAAUAUUGGAUGCCUGUCAUAUUCUCUGAAAUAUAGAUUUUUUCUGCUUUUCAAUGUAUCUUUCUGGAAUUCUGUCAUUGAACAAAAGGUUCAUCAAAAUCGGUUUGUUAUAAAAAGUUGAACUCCUGCAAUUGACACUGUUCUGUUGAAGCUAAAAUAAAACUUUAUUUUGUGUGAUGGUAAACUAUAAUAUAUAUUCAAUUUGUUUGAUAAUAGCGAAAUCGAUCCAAGAAGUGAUUAAUCAUAGUUAACACUAAUAGUGAUAGCAUUUCCAUUUUUCAUUGUCCUGUUAAGAUCAGUUCUUGAUCAAAGGCAUAUCUGAUGAUUACUCAUAAUAACUGUUACUUGAAGUUCUGAUUUUCUUUCUUAGAAAAUUCCAGGUUGUUUAUUAUAUUCAGCGUUUAUUCUAUCUAUUAAGAGAAUGGGGAAUGGUUAUUAUUGAUAGAAAAUAUGUUCUGAUGUUUUU